AGAUUGUUGGCCGUCAGGAGAAUUGAUUCCAGCUUUACGCUUAGUGUUCCAAUUACCCGUCCUUGAACUUCCCCAUUAAUUGUUGGUUGUCGUUUGCAUAGCUGUUUGACCGCGCAGUCUCAGCGGACACUGACGUUAUUCCUCAUUAUUUAAAAGGAUAUGCUGGAGUUGGAAACAGUCACAUGCACCGGGCAUCACCGUGGUUCGCAGGGGGUUUAGGUAUACCCGCUUCUUCGGUUACUAGGUUUUCUUGAUCUACGAGCAGAGUUCAUGAUUGACAAAAUGGAAAGCAGCAGUUCAGGUACCUCAAACAUGCAUGCUGUUGAAACGAAAGAGAUGAUACCUCCAAGUGACGAAUCAUUAACAGAAGAAAACACUAUUCCGGAAAGUAUGAACGAUCCAUCAUACACCGAUUCUGUAGGCAGUGCAGAUAGUCGUACAGCACUACUCAAACAUGACAAUGCCCUUGAUGACACUAACUAUUUAAACAAACUUAACCCAGACAUCGAGCCAUCCUCAAAUCACAGCUCUUUUUGGGAUGUCAGUGAUUUGGGUCACGAAAUUGAAGCUAAAAUGGCACUCCGAGAUAUCAGAAGAGAAAGAGAAAAAGAACACGUGUUACAAGAAAGUAUAGCCUACAUUGAUCCCUUAGUAUCUCCAAGUCCAGACGUGAACAGACUUCGAAGCAUUUGUAGAAAUGCAGUUCAGUCACUUAGCCAGGAAGCUGUUUAUAGAUCGAUGUCUAUACUUGCCAUUGAUGAAAAGGGACUUAAAAAGUUAGAGGAAGAAAAAUCGCCAGAAGUUGACAUAGAGGUUGAAGAAAUCAAAUAUGUCAACAAUCACCUAAGCAAUCUGAUUUUCUUAAGCGUUGGUAUAUCUCUUGUUUGCACUGCUAUUGGGUCACUGCGCAACCUUUUGAGCAGUAUGCACCAUGAAAGCGGUAUAGGAGUGUACUCUCUUGCAGCAAGCUUUGGAGCUUUCACUAUAUUCAGUCUCAUCUCACCAUUUGUCGUUCAAAGAUUCCGUCCAAAAUUCUGCCUUGUUUUUGGUAUAUUCACACAACUUCUGUACGUUGUUGCAAAUUUAGUACCAACAUUUUAUGUCUUCAUACCUGCAUCUUUUCUUCAGGGAAUGGGAAAUAGUCUCUUGUGGAAUGCCAUGAGUACAUACACAAGUUAUCUUGCCAGAGCUUCUGCAAUUAAAAAUGACAAGAAAACAGAGGACGUAGCAAGCAAAUAUUUUGGUAUUUUCUUCUUCUUUUACCAAUUUUCAUAUGUUGCUGGAAAUCUCAUUUCAUCCCUUGUCCUUGUUUUAGUCCCAAGCAAUGAAGACGGGUCAGAAAGUACCACAAUAUCCUACCUCCCCAGCACUUCCAUCUUCAACGAAUCUCAAUAUGCAUUUGUGAAUUAUACAAACUUGAUUUUAGGAAACCAAGAGAAUAUAUGUGGUGCCAAAUUUUGCAAUCAUUUUAACAUGGACCAGUCGGACGUGCAUGUAGAUCCUGACACCGCUGGUAUUCUAAUCGGGAUCUAUGGGAUGUGCGUUGUCAUUGCUCUUAUUGUGUCACAUGUUUUGCUUGACCCAAUUGCGACAUACCAUUCUUCUGGAUGCACCUUUCAACAAAUAUUCAAACAAGUUUGUUCUGUCUUCGAGUGUAUUUCACACUGGAAAUUCCUCCUUGUCACACUUGUUCUGAUGUAUAGCAUGAUGCAGGUUGGGUUUGCAGCAGCUGAAAUGACAAAGGCAUUUGUCUCCUGUCCACUGGGUAUUCAUAUGGUCGGUUACACUAUGAUUGGAUACGGUGUAUGUGGAGGCUUGAGUUCUUGGAUAAGUGGGAUAUUGUGUCAAUACGUCGGGAGAGUGGCUCUCAUUUCUUCAGCCGCCUGUUUGGGCCUGGCUCUCCUAAUCUUUAUGGUCCUGUGGGAGCCCAAUCCUGAACAAAUUGUGUUAUUUUUCAUUCUUCUGGGAGCCUGGGGGGUUGCUGAUGGUGUAUGGAUCUCACAAGUGAACAAUAUCGUGAGUGCACUAUUUCACGACAAACUUGAGGACGCAUUUGCCAGCUUGCGUGUAAUACAAGGUUUAGGCGGCACUAUUGUCUUCUGUUAUUCCAACAGUUUAUGUGUGAUGGAGAAGAUGUACAUCCUCGCAGCUGUGUGCAUCAUAGGUACUGGUCUCUACAUUGGAGUGGAGAUCUCCGAAAAGAGAAGGAUGUCUAAGCACGAUGAAUCCAUCAAAUUUAAAGCGGAUUCCGCCUGAUUUGUUGUUGAAAAAGCUGUGAUCUUAAUAUUUAAAAGAAACAAUGUUUCUUUCAGGAGUUUAAUUUACUUUAUAUAAUGCAUGUCCAUGACAUUGACUUGUUGACAAAAAGAUCUCGGUAGACCUCAUUUCUCUGAUAUAUGAUGUUUAUCAGUUUCCUUUACAAGGAUUAAGGAAAAGAAUGCAUGUUACUCUCCCUGUUGAAGGAGAAUCUUGAUUGAAUAUUAGUUAAUAAUAUUGUGAGGCUGACGGAAAGAAUGUCGUUUCCAUGUAAUUUAUAUAAAUGAUAAUGCUAGAAAGGUUUUCAUUACAAUGUAAUGUACAUGUAUAUUUAUAUCAAUCGUGAUGUUAGAAAAGUUUUCAUUGCAAUGUAAUGUUUAUUAAUAUGAAUUUAUGUUCAUUUCCAGGAAGUGAAGGCAAAUGAUCUAGACUUCCGUAAAAUGUAGAAAUUCUGUUGAACUGGUUCUGAUUGAUGAAUGCCUGUGGCAUUUGUGAGUUGUGAAUUGAACUACAUGUUAUUUAUUCUUUAUCGAAAACAUGCAUAUUUUUUUAAAUCAUAAACAAAGAACUAUUUGCCAGAGCAUAAUACAUGUCAAUCAUAAUUAUACUAUUUUUAUGGCAUUUGUAAAUAAAAUGAUGCAACUAUA